UGCUGCGCUGUUCCGCUGUGUUCUUCCGCUGCCGGUAGAUUGAACGUGAAACAGCUAAAGAAAAGCAGAAGUGGCACCUCUGGUCUCAGUAAACAAAGAUUUGUGUUUUGUUGGUAUUCGGAACCACAGCAGAGACAAUUAAUUACUAUCGAGUCCGCAGAAGUCUGAAUUCUGACCAGCUGUAGGUGAGCCAGGAUGGCGGUGAAUGUUUACGCAACGUCGGUGACCAGCGACAACCUGAGUCGGCAUGACAUGCUGGUGUGGAUCAACGAGUCUCUCCAGAUGAACCUCACCAAGAUAGAAAUGUUGUGCACAGGCGCCGUCUACUGCCAGUUUAUGGACAUGCUGUUUCCCGGAUCCGUGCCUCUGAAGAAAGUCAAAUUCGGCGCCAAGUUGGAGCACGAAUACAUCCACAACUUCAAGCUUCUGCAAGUUGGUUUCAAGAAGAUGGGCGUGGAUAAAAUAAUCCCAGUCGACAAACUGGUGAAGGGGAAGUUCCAGGACAACUUUGAGUUCGUCCAGUGGUUUAAGAAAUUCUUCGACGCCAACUACGACGGGAAGGAGUACGACCCGGUGGCGAUGAGGCAGGGCCAGGAGACCCUGUCCAUGAACAGUCCCACCACGUCCGCACUCAACAAGCUCCCCAAGAAGACCCUCAACCAAGCAGCUACCCAAAAGCCUCCAGUUGCAAAAGUUGCUCCCAAGUUGGCUCCUGCUGGGACCCGAAAACCGGGGAUGGGAGGCGGCGAUGAAGAGAGGGCGGAGCUUAUUAAUGAGAUAGAGAUUCUGAAAUCUACCAUUCAGGACAUGGAGAAGGAAAGAGACUUUUAUUUUGGUAAGUUGAGGAAUAUUGAGCUGAUUUGCCAGGAGAAAGAAGGCGAAGGCGACCCGACGCUGCAGCGGAUCGUCGACAUCCUCUACGCCACAGACGAGGGUUUCGUAAUACCGGAUGCCGAAGAGCAGGAGGAGUUUUAGACCGAGCGUCUCCUCCACCUUAUCAAGCCACGGCGGUUUGGUUUCGCCAAGCCCUCUCUAUAAUCAAUGAAGCCUCUGUCUCCAGAACCAGAACCCGACCCCCAGCGCUGCCCUGUAAUCCAGUCCUUCCCAGAACCAGACCCCCGUCGGGAAACACCUGGUUUUCGCUCCGGACUCGAGUGUAAAAAGCAUAAGCGAUGUUGUGUGUGUGUGUAUGUGUGUGUGUGUUUAAAAGCCUGUUGGAUGCAAAUGAAGAAUCUCGUCCUGACCCGGUCGACCCGCCGGCGCUUUUCUCCAAACUAACCCUGAAUGUUUCGUUUCUGACCAUAAAACUCUGAGUUUCAUGUUGUAUUUUAUUUCCUAAGUGGUUUUUAUUUUUCAUUGUUUUAUGUUAGUUUCAAACCAAAACAAACGGUCGACACGUUUGGACGGCUGUAAAUUAAAAGGAAAAGGAACAGAAAAUUUCCACCCAUCUGGAAAUUUUGAGAUUAAUCUUAGUUUAAAAAAUUUAGCAUUUGCUAGAAAAAAAAUGAAAUUUUGUCAAAAAAAAAGAGAAAAGGAAAAUAAUACAUGGAAACGUCUGAGUUUCAACAUUUUCAGCUAUUGAAACUCAGAAUUGGUUGUUUUUUUAGGAGAUUUAUGACAUUAGUCUGAAAUUAGUUUUUUUUUUCUAGAAUAUUUUGGAUACUUUUGGAACUAUAAAAUUGCUCACAAAAAAUGUCAGUUUUUUGUCGUGAAUGUACUUUUUUACCUGUAAACUCCUUUUGCUUGCCAUCAUAGAUUUGGAAGCUUUGAUGGUUUUGGUUUCCCUGAACCUGCAGUACUAAAGCGGCCACCAGGGGGCAGCGGUGGUGGCGCCAUCUGGCUGCUUUACUGCCAUUCCUCCAUGGUUUUGACCAAAGCGCCCUCUGGUGUCCUUUCCAGGCAUUGCAGCUUCUUGUAACCCGAAUCAAACCUGAAUUUGCCGGUCCAGGAGGAAUCAAAUCGGUCCAGGAGGCUCUCUCCUCCUGGACCGUUUUGAUUCCAUGAAGUAACGAUAAAAGAAGACGCUCUGCGUACAUUCAGAUUGAAAAUCUUCACGUUUAGUUUGGCACAAAGCAACAGGCUUGUCUUCAUUUGGUGCAAAAAUCCAGUUGUACCUUUUUUCUUCAUUUCAUCCCUUUAUGUGUUACUGCGUGUUUGUUUUUACAACCCACCAGUUCUCUCAAAACGCUCAGAAUUUCAGUUUUAAAAAUGUGCACUUCCUAAAUCAAGAAAAAAAGUGGCUUCAUCUUUUGUUUGAAGUUGAAGGAGUCGGUGGAGCUGAACUUGGUAGAAAGUGCUGACCGCUCCUAUUCACCUGUAGCCUUUAAGAUGGCUUCCUCCAUAAAAUCUGGGAAUCUAAUCUACAAAACAACCAGUUCUAAUCAGAUUUAAUCUGCAUUCUGGGUUCAGUUGGAGACUUCAGACUAAUGUAACUUUGUCACAUUUCUUUCUAAUUUAACCAAAACACUGGUGUUUAGUCCUGUUAGUGGAACGUUUUUCUUUUCAACGGCCUUAUUCAUAAAAAUAUGUUUGUCAAAAAAAAGUUUUUUAGAGUUUUUUUUCUGAAUAAAUGUGUGGUGUUGAAGCUCCAAAAACUGCCAGAGGAGUGGAUGCAGCCCAGAGGCCUUGACUUUCUCUAUUUAUUACUACUUGCCUUCACUAAGAGCAAACCUUUUUAAAUUACAGAACAGUUUUUUAAAUUCUUUUCUAUCAAAAAUGUGAUUUUUAAACCCGGUUUGUAAGCAAAGUAAAUUUUGUCUUGUUCGAUUUUAAUUUGUUUACCUGGUUAUGAUAUUCAAGCUGUAUUUCGGAGAGAAAAAAUUGGGCAGUUACGUUUUUGUUGGACCAAACAUGAAGCCUGAAGGAACAAAAGUUUUCAAACUCAGAAACAUUUCAGGCUGCAAUUAAAACUUAAUAAAGAAUCUCAAUCAUUUACAAAGACUUUUAUUUUUCUGAUAAAUGGUUUAAUUUUCUGUAGACGUCUUAAGCUGGCAGGUCUGGAGUGGCCACUAGAGGGCGGUAGUCGUACUUUGAGUAGGAGUGCGCCGUUUUCUAAAAAUCAGGACCUGUCAGUACCGAUUUUUUUAAAAUAAUUUUAUGACAAAGAAUUAGAAAAUUGCAGGUGGAAGAGUGGAAAAAAGUCAUUUUCCACCCAAAAAAUAAUAAUUCUUUUAGAAAUGCAAAAGUUUCCUAAGACAAAAUCCAAAAUUUUGAUAUUGAUCUUUGAAAUUUCCUAAACAAAUUCUGAGAUUAAUCUAAAACAUUUUCUACAAAACAUGAGAAUUUCAGAGUGUUAAAAGUAGGAAAUCUUUAACUGUUGAAAUUAAAAAAUUAUGGAUUUUCUUAAUAGAAAACUUUUUAAAAUAGACAAAUUUCCAAAAAUAGAACAUUUUCAAAUGUCAAAACUCAGAAAUCUGUAAGUUUAUUCUAGAAAAUUUCCAAGAUUAAUCUAAAAAUUUCUAGCAAAUUUUUGACUCAUAAAAUGUAAUUUUGUGAAAAGUCACUAAAUUUAGCGACAAAGUUUCAAAGUGAAGGUAGAAAAUGUUUUCUCAAACAAAAUCUGGUCUGAUUUUUCGGCGCGACCCAAAUUUUGAGACGGUUCCAACUUUCAAUAGAUUUAACAGACGUUAAACAGCAUCACGUUCAGGGCUCAACAUUAAAUCAGUGACUUUUAUUUCAGUCAGUAUCAGGGCCAGGACACAAAAUGUUUAAUUAUGAGAAUGUAAUUACAUUAGUGGAACAGAGAUACAAUUUUACCAGAAGAAAGUCAUGAAGUUCUGUUUCUAUAUGGAUUCAGUCGUUUGAACAAUCAGUCCUGCUGCUGCUGGUGAUAAUUUUAUGCUGAAGUGUUAAGAUUAAGUUUUGCUUCAUCUGUAAAGCCAAAGUAUAAUUUUCAUAAGAUUACUUCUUCAUUCUCCAAAUUUGUGACUUUACUUUGGUAAAAUAAAUGAUCUGUUCUCGCACUAUUUCAACUUUAUUGUCACAAUUUAAAAAAUCAAAAUCUUAGCCUGGCCUCAAUAAGUUUUGACUUUUGUAGAGUUGAACUGAAUUCAACAACAAGAUGGCCACCCUGACGUCACUCUGAACUGCAGAAUGGUUUUUAGAUAUUUGUUGAAACUGUCAUCAGUUUGUUAUGAGAGAUAAUCUGCAAAGAUCAAUUCUCUCACGCCAAUCGAAAAGCAACCAAUCAGGGCUAGAAGGCGGGUUUUAAAGCAGUAAAUCAACCUUGGGAAGAUGCUGCAAAAUGUGCUAAUGGCAGUGAAACAACACACCGUUACAGGAAAACCUUUUAUCUUCUGUCAUUAUUGGCUAUGCUAACUCGCCUAGCAUUCACAACAUGCUAUGCUAGCUGCGACUUACCCGAGAGCUAACUAAGACCCGCCUCCUGGCUCUGAUUGGUUGUUUCCAGUUGUCUCAACCAAUCAGCAGAGGAGCGUGAUUUUUUCACAGAUUAUUUGUCUCAUACCAAACUGUCACAACUUAAUGACAGUUUCAACAAAUGUAUCAAAAUAUAUUUCUACAAUCAACUGUGCAACGUUUGUUUUGAUGAUAUAAAUCUGCAUCCAAGCAUUAAAAACGGUUCAUACUGUUGCUUUAAGAGAAAAAGAUAAUUUCCAAAUUAUUGGAACUGUUUUCUAUUUUGUUUUUUACCAUUCUUGACUUGUAGAUUGAGGACCAACCAAUAUCAUUUUGAAGGCCACAAAUGGCCCUCGUACCACACUUUGGACACCCUGAAGGUAUUUUGAUUGUUAGCAGGUGGACUUCUGGAAACUUAUUAUUUGUCUUUUAAAAGUUAUGAAUGUUUGCCACAAGUUUAGUUUGGUUCAGGUUUUGUGAUGUAAGGAGAUUAUUUGACUUUUAAACCUUCAUUAAUUUCUUCAAAACAAAAGCAGCACAAACGUAGCAAAGUUUAUUGAUGCCAAAUUAACUCAAUAAGUGUGGAAGAAUAUCUUUAAAAGUCAGUCGACGUCAAUGUUUAUUUGAAGAUUUUGAGGGCGUUUAGACGUCGUCAGUGCUUCGCCACUGGUGAAGCAACAGGCUGGAAACUAAAUCUGACCAUUUCUAAACAAGAGUUUGAGAUAAAGGCUACUUUUUGUAGCCCUGUCUUUCCACUGUGACAUCCCCAAACCCUGGAAAACCUGCAGCAGACAGAAAGGAGGCUUUCCUCUUCAGAAGUGCUUUUCAUGAUGAAACGUUUGACACUGUGGCCUUUUCGUACUAAAUCAACCAAGUGCUAAUUUCACCUCCUCCUCCUCUUACUGCUGGAAAAUCUCUGAAUGUUUUCAGUUUUAUUCAUUUUCCCCUCCUACCAGCAGAAUGUUGACUUUUCUCUGCUUUUCAUUUUUCUGCUCCACAGUUCUUCCAAAUGCCCGUUGUAGCAUAUUGGAGUGUUUUUAGUUUAAUGAAAUAUUCCUGAGCAGAAUGAAGAAGUGGCUUUAAGGGGUUUUGUUGGUAGCAGCCGCAGACCUUUACGUUUUCAACAAUCAGCGCUGAUUAGUGUGUUACACUGUGACUUCUCCCCCAUCUUUUCCUCUGGUGUGUUUGUUAUACUCCGCUGAAGUUGAUCUUUUUAAAUCACAUUUUGUACUAUAACAAUAAAACAGUAUUUCAUUGUCAAA